GGCUGCGACGUCCUGCUGCUCCCGCCGGUUCCUCUGACUUGCCGCCGCCGCUGCCCAGUUUACCACCAUGCGAAUCCUCUCUGCCUUUGUCCUGGCAUGUGCUGCCGUCGCCCAGCUCGCCGAUGCUGCGACUUCCAUCAAGCUGAAGCGUCAGGCUCUUACUCAAAACGACCUCGUCCAUCAUGCUGAGGCUUAUGCGCAGGCACUCAAGCAGAAGGUGAUGUACAACUACCACAUCGAGAAUGCCGAGCACGGUGUCCCUCUGACCAACUUUAUGAACGCCCAGUACUUUGGAGAGAUCGGCAUCGGCACGCCGCCCCAGACCUUCACCGUCGUCUUUGAUACGGGCUCCUCGAACCUGUGGGUUCCGUCGACCCGCUGCUCGUCCAUUGCCUGCUGGCUCCACCGCCGGUACGAUGCCUCCAAGUCGCAGAGCUACAAGGCCAAUGGCACCGAGUUUGCCAUCCAGUACGGCACCGGUGCUCUUGAGGGCAUCAUUAGCCAUGAUAUCCUCACCCUUGGUGAUCUCCAGAUCCCGCAGGACUUUGGAGAGUCUGUCAAGGAGCCCGGCAUCACCUUUGCUGUUGGCCGUUUCGACGGUAUCCUUGGUCUUGGAUACGACAACAUUGCUGUCAAGCGUGUCGUUCCCCCAUUCUACAACCUCGUUAAUGCGCAUCUCCUGGACACUCCUAUCUUUGGUGUCUACAUGAGCAACAACCAGGGUGACGAUGGUGGCGAGAUUGUCUUUGGUGCCGUCAACCACGAUCAUUACCAAGGAGCCAUCACAUGGGCUCCCAUCGUCCGUAAGGGCUACUGGGAGGUCGCUCUUCAGGGCGUUGAAAUCAACGGUGCUCGCAUCGAUGUUGUUGCCAAGAGCGCUGCCAUCGAUACCGGAACGUCCUUGAUCGGCGUCCCCACCAAGGAUGCCGAGGCCAUCAACUCCAAGAUCGGAGCCACCAAGGGCCAAGGAGGCCAGUACACCGUCGACUGCAGUACUGUUUCGAAGCUGCCUCCGAUCACGUUCACCUUCGGAGGCAAGAAGUUCACUCUCAAAGGCGAAGACUACGUUCUCCGUGCCAGCGGUCUUGGUGGAGGCGAGACCUGUAUCUCGGGAUUCAUCGGCAUCGAUAUCCCCGCUCCCGCUGGUCCUCUCUGGAUCGUCGGCGAUGUUUUCCUCCGUGUCUUCUACACUAUCUACGAUCUCGGCAACAACCGAGUCGGCUUCGCUCAAGCUGUCUGAUCGCACAUCAGAUACGUCCUCAGUCUUGCGGCCUGUCGGGAUUGGCGCGGCUCCCGCUUUAUUCUUGUCUCGGACGCCGCCGCCCCUGGCUAUCGGCUUUUCAUAACUGCUACGAAGUAGCACCUGUCGAGAGGACCGACAGGACAGGCCUCGCCUAUUUCAAUGGAUCUCUCUCUUUUUGUUGUAAUAUCACAAAUAUAGCGUGUUCUGAUCAGACCCAUGGUCUGUUCGGCAGUGUCCAAGAACAG